GAUCCUGGCGCCAGCAGGCCCCGAGGCGCGUCUCAACCAUGGAUCUGUGGAUCUGAAUCCUGAGCAAGGACUAAUUUGCUCCACGCAAGUCUCCCCAAAGCGCUUCUCUCAUCAGGGCGGAGAAAGGCAGCGUUUGGAGGUGGGAAGCCAAGAGUUAAUGGUUAAAACACACACGUGCAACAAUCCCGUGCUUCCUCACGGCUGCUAAUCUCCGACAUGAAGUGUGGCCAGGAUCUCCUGCUGAGAGCGACCUGCCUGCGGCCCACCUCAGUGAAAGGGUCAAGCCUCCCAGCCGAUCUGCGCCUGGAAUAGACCUCUUAAGUCAGCGUCACACCUGUGCACUCCAGGUGACUGAGAAAAUGUAGCGGAGCCCAGCUCGGCGCGCACAGCCCAGCCCGGACGAGCGGCCCGCCCCGAGCGCCCCUCGGGCCACCCUCACCAUGUCCAAGAAGGGCGCGGGCGGCCGAAGCAAGGGGGACAAGGCAGAGGUCCUCGCGGCGCUGCAGGCCGCCAACGAGGAGCUGCGGGCCAAGCUCACCGAGAUCCAGAUCGAGCUGCAGCAGGAGAAGAGCAAGGUCAGCCGGGUGGAAAGGGAGAAGAGCCAGGAGCUCAGGCAGCUGCGGGAGCACGAGCAACACAAGAGCGCCGUCCUGCUCACCGAGCUCAAGACGAAGCUGCACGAGGAAAAGAUGAAGGAGCUGCAGGCCCUGCGGGAGACGCUGCUGCGGCAGCACGAGGCUGAGCUGCUGCGGGUCGCCAAGGUCAAGGACAGCGAGAACCAGCGGCUUCGGGCGCUGCUGCACGCCCUGCGUGACAGCGCCCCCGACAAGGUGCGCGCCGUGCUGCUGUCCGAGGCCAAGGAGGAGGCACGCAAGGGCUUCGAGGUGGAGAAGGUGAGGAUGCAGCAGGAGAUCUCCGAGCUCAAGGGGGCCAAGAAGCAGGUGGAGGAGGCGCUGACGAUGGUCGCCCAGGCUGACAAGGUCAAGGCCGCGGAGAUCAGGAGCGUGUACCACCUGCACCAGGAGGAGAUCUCCCGCAUCAAGAAGGAGUGCGAGCGGGAGAUCCGCCGGCUGAUGGAGGAGAUAAAAUUUAAAGACAGAGCAGUCUUCGUGCUGGAGAGAGAGUUAGGGGUCCAAGCCGGGCAUGCCCAGAGACUUCAGCUCCAGAAAGAGGCUCUAGAUGAGCAGCUGUCCCAGGUCAAAGAGACCGAUCGGCACCCGGGCAGCCCCAGACGGGAGCUUCCUCACGCAAGCGGUGCAGGAGACGCCUCAGACCGCUCGGGAAGCCCUGAACAGCAGUUGGAUGAAAAGGAUGCUCGGCGUUUCCAACUUAAGAUUGCGGAGCUGAGCGCGAUCAUCCGGAAGCUCGAGGACCGCAAUGCCCUGCUGUCGGAGGAGAGGAACGAGCUGCUGAAGCGUCUAAGGGAAGCUGAAAGUCAGUACAAGCCGUUGCUCGACAGAAACAGACGCCUGACUCGGAAAAACGAAGAUCUGUCCCACACUUUACGUCGGAUGGAGAACAAGUUAAAAUUUAUCACCCAGGAGAACAUAGAGAUGAGACAGAGAGCUGGCAUCCUAAGGAGACCCAGUUCCUUAAACGACCUGGACCAGAGCCAGGAUGAAAGAGAGGUUGACUUCCUGAAGCUGCAGAUCCUGGAGCAGCAACACCUCAUAGACGAGCUCUCCAAGACGCUGGAGACGGCCGGCUACGUGAAGAGCAUGUUAGAGCGUGAUAAGCUUUUAAGAUAUCGGAAACAAAGAAAGAAGAUGGCAAAACUCCCCAAGAAGCCGGUUGUCGUGGAGACCUUCUUUGGAUACGACGAAGAGGCUUCCCUGGAAUCUGACGGUUCUUCCAUCUCUUAUCAAACGGACAGGACAGACCAGACCCCGUGCACCCCAGACGACGACCUGGAGGAGGGCCUGGCCAAGGAGGAGACGGAGCUGAGGUUCCGGCAGCUGACUAUGGAGUACCAGGCCCUGCAGCGGGCCUAUGCGCUGCUACAGGAGCAGGUCGGAGGGACGCUGGACGCAGAGCGAGAAGUUAAGACCCGUGAGCAGCUACAGGCGGACGUGCAGAGGGCGCAGACGCGGAUCGAAGACCUGGAGAAGGCCCUGGCAGAGCAGGGGCAGGACACGAAGUGGAUUGAAGAGAAGCAAAUGCUGUAUCGGAGAAAUCAAGAGCUCGUGGAAAAGAUUAAACACAUGGAGACAGAAGAGGCUCGGUUAAAGCAUGAGGUCCAGGACGCGAAGGACCAGAACGAGCUGCUGGAGUUCCGGAUCCUGGAGCUAGAGGAGAGGGAGAGGAAGUCGCCCGCCAUCAACUUCCACCACACCCACUUCGUGGACGGGAAGAGCCCCCUGCAGGCGUACUGCGAGGCCGAAGGCGUGAUGGACAUCCUGGUCUCGGAGCUGAUGAAGAAGCUGGACCUCCUGGGGGACAACGCCGUAAGUAAUCUGACCAAUGAGGAACAAGUGGUCGUCAUACAAGCCAGGACAGUCCUGACCUUGGCCGAAAAGUGGCUCCAGCAGAUCGAAGAGACGGAGUCGGCCCUGCAGCGGAAGAUGGUGGACCUGGAGAGCGAGAAGGAGCUGUUCAGUAAACAGAAGGGCUACCUGGACGAGGAGCUGGACUACAGAAAGCAGUGCUUGGACCAAGCUCACAAGCACAUCCUGGAGCUGGAAGCCAUGCUGUACGACGUCCUGCAGCAGGAAGCUGGGGCCAAAGUGGCAGAAAUGCUGCCGGAGGAGGAGCACGAGAAGCUCAGGGUGGCGGUGGAGCAGUGGAAGCGCCAGGUCAUGAGCGAGCUGCGCGAGCGGGACGCCCAGAUCCUGCGGGAGCGCAUGGAGCUGCUGCAGCUGGCGCAGCAGAGAAUUAAAGAACUAGAAGAAAGAAUAGAAGCUCAGAAGAGACAAAUAAAGGAACUGGAGGAAAAGCUUUCAUUCUGUGGUCAUAGCUCUCCUGGGCACCCUGGCGUGCCCUCUGAGGAGCCAGACCCCUUUCCUGCAGUUGGACCAGAGAGCAGCAGGUGCCCCGGUGGCAGAGGGAGACGCCGCAUCUCAUUCCUGAAGACUCAAGGGGACCUGGGCUCUGCACACCCCCUCCCGUCGAGGAAGAGGGAGAAAGGGGGUCUUUGAGCACCUCUGCGGGGGACUGUCCAUUUUGAUGAGGCAGAAUCAGAACUAGUUCUCUGACUGGGGCUCCUCUGAAGAGACCUUGUCUUGGCUGUGGACCCGGGGGUCCUUCCUCGGGACGCGGCCUCCCCAUCCUAGUUACAGGGACGCGCGAGUCCCCUGCUGCACAGGUGUGAAGAGCUGCUUCUGUGCAGGAGCCCCAAACUCCCACCUCCCUUUGUUCCCUUGAUGACCAAAAGGUGUCUCAAAGGAAGAUUCCCAGAAACAACGCAGACACCCCGCAAAAUGACGCAAUGAAGCUGCCACCACGGUGGUGACCUUCGUUCAGGGAAAUGGGGACGGUUCAUGGAGCAUCUCAAGGACCGUUGCCCCGUGUCUUCCAGGACGGACGGGCUGUGAGGACGCCGUGACUCACUGGCUGGGGUCCUGAGCACUUACUGAGCGACACAUCCUGCCACCCUGCCUUGUUGAUGACGCGGGUCCCCGGCCCAGUUCCACUCGCGGGAACAGAACUGUGGCUGCCAUGGUGCCGCCAGCUUCCCGCCCUGAGCUGCGCCGAGGGACUGACCAAAGGGAUGACUGGGGAGCCUGGUAGUGGGAGCUGGGACCAGAGCAAUGGACCGACUGGGAAGGGGCGUGAGCUUGUCGGAGACGCAGGGGCCAGAGGACACCUCGGGCUGUGCAGCACCGUGGAGCCCCUCAGGCUGCAGGCGAGGCCAGAGCUGCCCCGUGCAGAGCUCCAGCCUGCACGCUCACCGGGCAGUGCCCAGCGAGGAUGACAGUGCCCCGGGGUUCUGCGGACGUGAGAAGGGGGCCCGAUGCCCAGGUGGCCAGCAGAGAAGAAGCAGCACGUCACUGAAGCCUAUUUGAAGCGUGAUUUCCAUUCCCGCCGAGCAUCCUGGUCCACGGCCCGGGGGAGUCUGCCCGCAUUCGGACACAGCCCGACUCACGGCUUGGAGGUGGUGCAUCUGUUGACCUCGCACCCUUGGGGGCCUAAGGUUGUGCUGUCAGUGCUGAAUUUGCAGGGGGUACGUGUGCAUGUGUGUGUGCACGCAUGAGUCUGUGUGUUUACACACACAUGUGCUCUAUCAGAAGACAGUGCACAGGACUGGGCUCUCUGAGGCACCUAGAAGUUGACCUGCUGCGUAAUGAGAGUGCAGCCAGAUGAGAAUGUAAUGGACAACAUUGUAUAAAAGAAACAUAAACUGCAUUGCCCAACGGCUGGAGGGAGGUACGCCUAUGUUGUCUGGAAGUGUUAGGUUCACUUUAUAUUUGUGUCGGAAGAAACGUUCAACUACGGUGCAGAUGACAGUGGCAGCCAGACCAGGAUGAACUGGGAGAAAGCUUAUAGAAUCAGACAGACGUGCUUUUUUCUCUAGAGGGUGCAGGUUUUCUGCUGGGCAAUGCAUUGUUAAUCAACACUUGUCCAAGAAGGACACAUCCUUUCUAUUGUCAUUAAAGCCGCAGUCACUUAGUCACUUGAACAGAAAACGAGGCCAGUUCACUGCUUCUCCAGCUGAGCUUGGAGUCAGGGUUUGUAUCUCAAGUCCGAAAUCUGGCUGAGUCCUUCCUGCAUACUUUAGUCUUGGUCUAAUGACGGCCUCGUCUUGGCACAUUUGUCGUACUCAGAACCAAACAGCAGACAAUAGUCUUGUGUUAACAAAAGCCGCCGUGGAGCUAUGGAUGAGCUCCCAGAUUGAAGCCUGAUGGACUGUAGGAUGGAAGCAUGCAGAAGCACCCCGCAGCUCCAAGCACUCCCUGUGGGCCUGCCCGCCCCAUGUGUACCUGUGCGGGGACAGCAGCUGUGCAGGUUGGCCAUUUCGGAUCCCAGAAUGUGCGUGUGAAACGCAGAUUCACACCCCUCGAGUUUAUUUGGGUCAUCAUGAUUUUGUGUGUCGUACAUAUGUCUGGAGUUCUUCGUAUGCAACCCCACACCCCGGACACUCUUAAGCACAGCGUUGUAAUUUUUAAAAGAAGGCAAAGUCUACAGGAAAGAGAAGCAUGUAAAUAUGUACCAGUGCUUAUGAAGUUGUUAUUGUCUGUAUGUAGAAAGGAUGUGCACUGGAAAGGGCAAGUGGCUCAGUGAAUGUUUUAAAUAAUACUGCACGUACCAAAUUGCAUUUGGUACAUUCAGGAAAGCACACAUUCAGUUGCAAUGCCAAUUCUUCUCUUCAGAUAUUGUUCUUAUUCAUGUAUCAUAGGCACCUUCUUUUCAUCUGAUUACAAAAUCCAGCAUUUCAGGAUUGGGCUUUUGCAAAACAAAAACGAAGAAGAAGGGCUUCCCUGGUGGCGCAGCGGUUGAGAGUCCGCCUGCCGAUGCAGGGGACACGUGUUUGUGCCCCGGUCCGGGAGGAUCCCACAUGCCACGGAGCGGCUGGGCCCGUGAGCCAUGGCCACUGAGCCUGCGCGUCCACAGCCUGUGCUCCACAACGGGAGAGGCCACAGCAGUGAGAGGCCCACGUACCAAAAAAAAAAAAAAAAAGAAGAAGAAGAGAGAGAGAGAAAGGGGCAAACAUGAGCCUUUGUCACUGAUUCCUCCUGGUCCAAUGAGCAUCUGAAGAAUUCAAGUAUUUCAUGAUAACAUGCGCUUUCUAAAUUCUAGAGUGUACCUUGUUGCAAAGCCAGUGGGCUGGACUGAAUUCCCUGCGAGUAUCGGGACUCUCUUACCGCUAGCUCUUCAAACAGGGGACGCGUGUGUGUAAGUGUGCCACUCCCUAUGCAGCAGGAGGAAGGACCCUGAAGGGCUGAAGCACAGAAGUGUUUACUGUGUAACCGGGAUGUGGACACGUAUACAGCAUAACGGUUAUCGCCAUAAUCACUGUGUGCACAAUACCCAGAAAAACACAAAUGUUUUCAUUUGUCUAAACUACAAAUCCAUGUAAAUUUCAGCUUUCCUUGUUGACACGGAUGUGUGUACCUGCUUCCAUGGUCUAGAGCUCCAGUCGCUGAAGGACCGUGGCUCUUCCUUAAAGGGCUCUGCCCUCGAGGAACCUGCAGCCUUCAGGAUGCCCCGAGUGCCUUACAGGGCUGUGAACACCAACUCUGGCAGUCAGGAAGGAGGGUGUGCCGGGAGUGGGUUUGGAGGCGCUGUGACAUUAAUCUACACUGACCGUUACUGCAUCGUUGACCUUAAGAUGGAUUGUGUGUUUUAACACAGUAAUGGAUUUACGUCUAGGCUCAGGAAAAUCAAGGUGUAAAUUAUGUAUCAAGUCAUAUAUUUGUUUACUGUAUAUUUUUACAAAGCUUUAUUGUAAAUUUAUGCAGAAAUGAAUGAGGACUUGUUUUCUCACAGCAAUGCGCCAGCGGUAUUCGUGUUCCCUGAAGCAGUUCCUUAAUAACCACACUCUACACACCGGAUGACUCUGCUCAGUGCUAAACAGUAUUCAGAGGCCUAAAAUAGGUUUGUAUGGUGAUCAACUACAAAAUUUUACACAUAUUUUUGUAUUGUGAUUCCUAUGAUAUAUACCAGAGAAUUUUUACUCAUUUGUAAAUUAUUGUACAGUUUUUAAUAAAAGGUUGUUUUAAGUCUUAGAAUAUCAAAGUUAUCCUCCUCACAAAGUAUUAAAGUUUGGACGUAUCUGC